CGAAUGUUUUUUUAUUCAAUAGAAAUCAUCAGGAAGUGAUGAAAAUUUUAAUAGUAAUCCAUCAGUGUCUGAAAAAUCUGUUGAUUCUGAACAGUAUGCUGAUCACUUUCAGAACAUUGGUACCACUUCAUCUCCAAGUACAUCUCUAAGUAAUGUAUCUCAGGUAUCUUCUUCCCCUACUCCGAAACCAGUGGAUAAACCCAGUAUGCCUAAACCACCAUCAACUAAACUUGCAAUAAAAAAUUAUCCAAGAGUUAACAUUCCUAGAUCUCUUCCAAUAAAAAGACCUCCCAGUCAACCACCACCUCCACCAAUACCACAACCUUUAUCACCAAAUACACUUCAAGAAGAUUAUGAAAUUCCAAUAAAUCCAAUAUUAUUAGUUCAAACUUCAGCAGCAUCACCACCACCUCUUCCUUCAGCAGACUCGAGUAAUGCUGUUUUACGAAAAUCAUCAAAUGCAUCGAUAACAUCGAUUACAAAAAAAGAAGAAACAAUUCAAGAAACAUAUGAAAUUGUUGAACCACCUGAAGAGAACUACGAAGUUGUAAAUGAAUGUCAAUGGACUGGAUCUGGAUUACCUGUUUCAUGUGAUAAAACAAACCGUCCUGCAGUUCCUCCUCGGAUCGUUGGAUCACAAACCUCUUCUCCUCCACCAUUACCAGAAAAACCUAAAAAGCUUCAAGAAUCUCUAGCAUCGUCAGCAGUUGCCAGUAAUAAAGAUAAAAUUGGUACUUCUGAGCGUCCACUGUUACCAAAGAAAUCAAUAGAUGAAUCGGUUCAGAAUGGACUUUCAACAGCAAACAGUAGCAUUUUGACUAAUCUUCUUGGUGGAUUUAGAGAUUCCAAACGUAGUACAUCUGGAAGUGCUCCAAAAGGUACAGAUAAAAGUAUCACAGAAGCAGUAAUAGCUACAGAUAGUCAGUUGUCUAGAUCAUCUACACCUGAUAGAAAUGCUGCAGAAAGCAGUCCAAGUAGUUCUCCUCGGAAUUCUACAAGUUCUUUAGAAGUAAGGAAAAUCUCGCAAGUCGGCUUCCCGAAAACAUCUCCCCAACCGGUUGAUGAUGCAGGAUUAAAUGUGGCAAACAGACCACUUCCUCCUGUACCUAUACAAGCUUUAAAUGGGUACCCUUGGUUUCAUAACAUUGAGAGAGAAGUAGCCGAAGAGAGAGUUUCAAACUUAUCAGAAGAUGGAGUAUAUGUAGUACGACCGAGUAAAAGAGCAGGACUCAGUAAUCCUUUCACUUUAACCGUUUCUCACUGUGGUAAAAUUUUUCAUCUAAAUAUCCGUCAUAGGCCAGAUGGAAUGUUUUCCUUGGGAAGGGAAAAGCCAAGAGAAAAGGCUUUUGUAUCCGUAGUAGAUCUCAUAACAUUUCACCAGAAAGAACCUAUUUUAUUAACUCUUCGGGGCGAAACGGUCGGCAAAACGAUUCUCUGCACGACUAUAGAGAAGUAAACGAAUCGACUAAAACGUGUAAAAAUUCAGAAAAAUAUGAAACUUACUUUUUAACAUUGGAAACACAGCUGAACACAAAGAUAUUUUGAUGUUUUCAUUAAACAAAAAUAUCUAGUCAUUCGAAUUUGGUUUUUGUUUAUGCAUUAUAUGAAUUGUUAUGUAUAUUUUUGAACAUGUAGUCAUUUUGAAAUAUAUUUGUGUAAGAUUGUGCAAUGAUUAUAAUCUUUUAAUAUUCAUUAUAUAUAUAUGAAAUUUUAAGUGUAAACACUAUUUUUUAUUUGAGAUUUAAAUUAUAGAAAUAAAAAGGUGUGAAAAAGGUAUAAUAAUUUUAUCUAAAGCGUAGUCACGAACUAUAAAAUUGAAAUUAAAAAAUUUCAUUCAAGAUGUUUCGUGGCUUUCUUUGCAAGGUCUGCACAGAACAGAAUUUAACUGUCGUUUGGUAUUCUGUGUUAUACAAAAAUAUCUUCAGGGAUUUAUUUUCUAUUACCUAGGAAUAAAGAAGCAGAAUUUUGUUUUCUAAAGAAAUAGUUUUUCUUGCAGCCAUCGUUGGGAUAGCAAUUAAUGUAACAAGAACAAUAUUCAAAGCUGGUGAUGGCUGCCAAAAAGAACAAUUUUCUCUUCCCUAGCUUUAAACAAGUAUGUGACAAAAUGCUUCUUUACUAGAUUAACCAUAUGUUGUAAUAAAUCUAAAUGAUAUGCUUGCAAAAAUUCAAGCAACAGAAAAUAAAUCCUUGAAGCUUCAUUUUUUGCAUAAAAGCUCCUAAGCAUUUUCUGAUUUUUUUUAAUAAAAACUACAGGUUGUGUCAUAUGUAUUUUUACAAUUUAGAAAAUUUUGUAUUAAAUUUUUUAUAUUGUUAAUAAUUUUACUUCAAGAAAACUAUAAAAAUUGAAAGAGUUAACAAUUCAUUACUUGGAUUAUAUUAUAUAAAUAUAUUUUAAUAGUUAGAUUGUUAUUUACAAUAAGAUGUUAUCCACUCUUUACAUAGAAAUUGAAAAUAUAAGUUUUUUAUAAAAAAAAUAGUUGAGAUUAUAGAAAAGUAUUUUAUUACUACAGAGAUAACAUUCUGUCCAUAUCCAAGUGAUGAAUAAUCAGUGCUAUUUUUGUGAAAAUCAUUUCAGAAAUCUUAAGUUAUUCAAGAAAUUAGACAGAAUUGUAACAAAUAUAGUUGUAAAUAUACUGGUAUUAUUUUUUGUUUUUCAUAUUACAACUGCUCAUAACUGUUUAUUCUGUUAAUUAACUAAGAAAUAAAAUAUUUAUUGUAUGUUUUCAAGUACUACUAGUAGUUUUUUUUUAUAUAUGAAUCACAGAUCAAUGUAUGUUUCAUGUCUAAAUUCUAAGCAAAAAAGCUUGUAGUAAGUGUUUCCAGAAUGAAAUUCCUUUCAUUGAAGAAACAGAUCAAUCUUUGCUGGAUUUCAAAAGAAUUUUAACUUGAUAUUUGUACAGUUAAUUUGAAAAAAUUAAAACAAAGAAGAAAAUUAGCAUGAAGAAUGUUGUUAUUUUACACGUAAAAUUACGUGGAAGAACAUGGAGAUGUGAAGACCUAGUUUCUUCCAGGUAUUUUUGUGUAUUAUUAUUUUAGAUCAUAGUUCAUUUCUAACUGAAUUGUUCUAAUUUGUCAUGUUCAUUAUAGAUUUUCAAUUUAUUCCCACAGGUAUAAAUUUCUAUGCCUAUUAUUGAAGUGCAGCUGUCCCUUGAUAGUCAGACUCACCUCCCAUCAAGGUACCCAUCCCCGUUACGUGUCUGCUUGCACAGAAGCAUGUUGCGACGUGAAUCUCCCCACCCAAUUCUUACACGAUGACACACAUUUCGUGUGUUUUCCGUGAGCAGUUCUGUUCGAACAGUUGGAAUAGGGAAUAUCGCAGGCUACUGCUAGCAAAACAAUGCCAAAUGUGUAAUCACUUUCGGUAAUCCGACACCCCUUUGGUCCCAUACCUGUCGGAUUAUCAAGGGACAGCUGUAUUUAGAAAUCAGCAAAUUCUCUGCUAUAUUACUACUACAUUUAAGCCAAUAAUCAUUCAAUAUAUAGUGUGUAGGAGAAAAAUGAUAUAUUUUAAAGAAUUGGUCUGUUUAGAAAUUUUUGUAUACAAGAUUUCAUACAAUAUCAUGCAAGUCACCUUCAUUUGCAAAUUAUAUUAUUUUCAUGUAUGUUAAUAAUCUAUAUAUAAAAGUCUUUCAAACUACAAAAAUAUUUAAAAUUACCCACUUUCCUACCAGACUCUAAAUUGGAAGUAAAACUCCCAUUUAAAUAAAUACAAUAUGCAUUAUUAUAUCUGUGCUAAUGCAUAAGUAGCCAGUCACUGUAUGGAUCAAAUUCAAUCACGACUCACAAAACGGCACCAUAAUUUUGGUUAAUCUCAAUCACCCGGCAACCACACUGGAGAAAAUGUGACUGUCGAGUUGCCUUAUUUGCUGGUGCCUUGCUUUGACACCAAUCAUUAAGAAAACUUUCUUUGUGAAUAGAAUAGAAUACAUUGGCAUAAUAUUGAACAUGCAUAUUCAAUAUUAAGCCUCAUAUCAAAAGUUGAUGCCAAAGUAGUUAAA